GCAUUUACAACAUCACUUAGUAUGUGGCAUUCAUAUUAUAAUGAAUCUGAAGAUGAAGAUACAUGGAUUUUCUUAAUUCAAGAUGCUAGUUUUUCACUAUGUCAAGUAAAAUUUCUUUGA